AUGCGUAUAUGCACAUAUGCAUUCAGAGUUAAAGAGUAUGAAUCUUUGCCAAUAUGUUUACCAAAUGAAGUUUGUGAUUAUCAACUGCUUGAUACAUAUAUACUACAAGAUGGCUCAUUUCGUGGACAUCGUGAUGAUAGCAAAUAUCAUCCUGAUAUUGGGGAAUCUUCUACACAAAAAGUUGGAGUCGGUAACUUCAUAGAGCUUUUAAAUUUUCGUGUUGAUGCUGGUGAUCAAGUAUUAGCUAAUCAUCUUUUUUCAAGUCCAAAAAAUGCAACCUAUAUAUCAAAAACUACCCAAAACCAACUUAUUGAUUCUUGUGGGAAAGCAAUUGAGGAAAUUUGCGAGGAUUUCUUAAGAUUUAUUGAUUGCAAGACUGGUACAUCUGGUCUUAGUCUAUCUCUAAAUGUACUUAAUGCACUUCAAGAGUUUGGACUUGAUAUUCAAAAUUGUAGAGGCCAAGGGUAUGACAGUGCAGGUUGUAUGGCAGGUGAGUAUAAAGGAGUUGCUUCUCGAAUAAAAGCUCUUAAUCGUGAAGCUAUAUUUGUUCAUUGUGCAAGCCAUAGACUUAGUUUAGUAGUAGCAGCUGCAUGCCAAGUUCAAAAAAGGAGAUGGGGUUAA